AUGGCAGAAAGGGCCGUCCAUGUCGAAGAAACCAAGAUGUCGUCCACACAGGACGCCGAUACCUUGGGUAUUGACGAUGAGAUGCUUCUGAUGAUGUCGGAGCGUAUCCCGGACUUCGCCGCAACAAUGACCAGCGCAAGACGGGCAUCCAAGUUCGAACACGGCCUUACCAACCGGGAAGCCUUCAAUCUCUACCCCAAGGCUAUCUUGUUCUCCUUCAUUCUUUCGCUCGCCAUCAUCAUGGAAGGUUAUGAUACUUCCCUCUUGGGCUCAUUCUAUGCUUAUCCGGUGUUUGCCCAGCGGUUUGGUGUGCUUGCUAAAAACGGCACCUACCAAGUGACUUCCCAAUGGCAGUCUGGCCUGCAAAAUGGCACACAGGUCGGCCAAAUCUUGGGCUUGAUGUUCGCCGGUGUGAUUGCGGACCGCUUCGGAUACAAGAAAACGAUGCUCGGUGCUCUCGUCGCAAUGAUUGGAUUGAUCUUUGUACUUUUUUUUGCUCGGAACAUUGGUAUGCUAUUUGCUGGCGAGGUCCUCUGCGGUUUGCCAUGGGGCGCUUUCCAGACCUUGACCACUACAUAUGCAGCCGAGGUGAGCCCUCUGAUUUUGAGACCCUAUCUUACCACCUACGUAAACCUCUGCUGGGUGACGGGCCAAUUCAUUUCCACUGGUGUUCUCCGUGGUCUUCUCGGCCGCUCAGACCAAUGGGCCUGGCGCAUUCCCUAUGCAAUCCAGUGGAUUUGGCCUGUCCCCAUCAUUGUUGGUGUUCUUUUCGCCCCUGAAUCUCCCUGGUGGCUCAUCCGCCACGGUCGACGGGAAGACGCCAUUCGCUCUCUCCGCGCAUUAACCUCUUCUCACCGCGAGGCCAUGGGCUAUGACAUGGAUGAUGCCAUCACGAUGAUGGUAGUGACCAACACCCACGAAGAACUCACUCGUAAGGGUGUCUCUUACUGGGACUGCUUCCGUGGCGUGAACCUGCGACGCACCGAAAUUGUGUGCUGCGUCUGGAUGAUUCAGGUGUUCUGCGGUAUCUGGUAUGGUGGCAACGUCGUGUAUUUCCUUCAGCAAGUUGGCUUUAGCUCUAACCAGUCGUUCGAUUUUGGGCUCGGUACCAACGCCAUUGGCUGGCUUGGGACUGUCGGUUCGUGGUUCAUCAUGCAGCGCGUUGGCCGUCGCACACUUUACAUAGCUGGUCUAGCCAUCAUGUUCACUAUGCUCUGCAUUGUCGGCUUCAUGGGCAUCCCACACUCAUCAGCAGGAAUCAGCUAUGCUUCUGCAGCCAUGAUGCUUGUCUUUGUGUUUACAUACGAUCUCACUGUUGGGCCUGUCGGCUACUGUCUGGUUUCAGAAAUCCCUUCUACCCGUCUGCGAAUCAAGAGCGCCGUUCUGGCUCGCACCUCGUACAACAUCGCCAGUAUCAUCGCCAACUUUCUCAACCCACCUAUCCUCAAUCCCACUGCGUGGAAUCUCAGGGGUAAAGGCGGUUUCAUUUGGGCUGCUUUCUGUCUCUUGUCUUUUCUCUGGUCCUUUUUCCGUCUGCCUGAACCCAAGGGACGUACUCCCGCCGAGCUCGAUAUUCUCUUUGAGCAGAAAGUCGGCGCCCGUAGGUUCUCCGGAACGCAUGUUGAGCCUUUCCGCUCUAAUAACUUUGCCAUCACCACCGAGGACGCCGAGGAGAAGAUGUGA